CUGACAUUUUGGCGGGAGUGCAUAAUUUCGCCUCAAUUCGUUGAAGAAUUUGCAGACGACUUUUCAUUUUAUAACAUCAUUGACACAUUGUUGAAAGACUAAAACUAUACGUCUGUAUUGAGAGAUAAUGUAUUCACCGUUUCAAGAAGUUCCAUCUACUCCUUCGAUGUCAAUGUACACUGCAGUACUAAGACACAACAUGUGUACACCAGAAGCAGUCGUUCCAGAUAUCAUAUAUGAUAGAGCAAAUAGUCCAGAACAGUCAAGGAGUGUACCAGGGACACCACUUCCGCCUGCUUUACCAUCAUCACCAUGGACACCAAACGCAAGGUCACUGACAAGGUCAAGGACAGAAAAAGGCAGACGAUAUAUCUACAACCCAUCACUUAUUUCUUGUCUGUUUAGAAGUUCACCUGCAGGGAGUAAAACUCUCAAAGAACAAGAGGUCCCUUCGACGCCUGUUGGAGGGUUUCUUCUGCCAAGCACACCAACGCACACGCCCAGGCGCACUGUUACCCCCAAAAUUCAAUUUAACAAUCCAAAUAUAAGCACCAGUGAAGUUCAGACACCCGGUAUAGAUGGCAAGGUAUAUGCAAUCGACGCUGCAGGGGACAGACCCCGGAAAAUAAGAAAGGUUGAGAAUAAGUCUGAGACUAGUCCACACACCACCCCUAAGUCAAGACCUAGAGGUGAACGACGCGAGGCUGUGGCGAGGCCUAGAGGUGAACGACGCGAGGCUGUGGCGAGGCCUAGAGGUGAACGACGCGAGGCUGUGGCGAGGCCUAGAGGUGAACGACGCGAGGCUGUGGCGAGGCCUAGAGGUGAACGACGCGAGGCUGUGGCGAAUUUUAGACGGUCACCUGAUGCUGUACUGAAUAAUGACGGUGAUUCUUCUGCCACUCAUGAUUUUCUUGAUCUUAUCUGACCUGUAACUAAUAAAUGCAGUCGCAAAACUAA